CCACAGACUGACUGGCCUCAAUCAGCAUGUCUUCCAAAGUUUCUUCUGCAGGUGGAGAAUGGACUGCUGAUCUGUGGGAAGAGGGAGAAGGGAUAUUUCUCCCUUACAGCCCACGCAUGGUCUUACCUCCAUAGCCAACGAGCAACAAAUGCAGGACCAGCAGCCAUUCCCAGAGGCUGAUGCUGAAGCCAUCAGCUUCCUCAGUUCCUUCGGGAUGGAUGAAGAGCUGCUGUUCUUCCCUGAGACUCUCACCAUCAUCUCCGACACAGGGGAACCCCAGGGAGAGCUGACCAUUGAGGUGCAGAGUGGGAAAUACAAGGACGACAUGGGCAUCAUUACCCACUGCCUACUGGUACACGCCUUUAGCAGAAGCUUCAUAGAUAAAGCACUGUGUGGAAGCUCCCUCCUAGGCUAUUUAACCAGUAACCUGGAGCUAAUGGAGCAGCACAGUCAUGAGUUCAUCAAGUUCCCCACUUUCCCCAUGGAAAAGAAGAUGAGUAUUCUGAAGCAGGAAGACCAGAUGAUUGUGACCAGAAGUGUCAAGGAGGGCCAGGAAACGAAGACUGGAGUCACCGCUUUCCCCUCUGAGUCGCUUAAGGGCUUUGUCUCCAGCACCGCCAAUGUGGUGCUGCUGAGAAUAAUGGCCUGGCAGCGGUCAGUGCCCAGCGGCGCUCGCUUCCUAGCUUUGGACUCAGAAGGCAAACUCUGCUACUGCACCUAUCAAUCCUUGGGCUCCCAGACCCUCCAACUGGGCAACCAUCAGGCUGAAAUGUUCAUCGUGGAGCAGACCAUCCACUCCGAAGAGGGCAUCCCCUUCUCCUGUCAAUUCUAUUUGCUCCCUGAUGGGCACCUGGCUAAAAGGGUCCAGGUAGGCUCUCCAGGGUGUUCUAUCAUCACCAAGAUGCCCCUCAUGAGGGAGGCGGACGAGAUCGAGCCUCCGCCCACGUUUGAUCAGAAGCCGCUGGUGUGGGAGGAAGACCUGGAGCUCUACUCGAAAUUCCUGGACCGGAAGGAGCAGCUGCGCAACAGCCACGCCAGCUACCUGCGGCAGCACCCCGAGGCCCGAGCGCUGGUCUCCGACUUCCUGCUCUUCCUGCUGCUCCGCCGGCCGGAAGACGUGGUCACCUUCGCCGCCGAGCACUUCGGGCCCUAUGCCAUGAUGCGCUCGCCCAUCCCCCCCCUGCGAUCCUCGCACGGACCCAGCCCUUUCCGGGAGCUGGAGGAGGAGGAGGAGGAGGAAGAACGAGAGGAGGGGGAAGAGGAGGAGGAGGAAGAAGAGGAAGAGGAAGAGGAGGAAGAGGAGGAGGAAGAGGAGGAAGAGGAGGAAGAGGUGGAAGACGAGGAUGAGUACUUUUACGUCGAUGACGACUAUGAGUACAACGAUGAAGACAACGAGGAAGACAAUGUGUACUACGAAGAAGAAGACAAGUAUGAAGAUUACUCCGCCAGCAUGUAUGAAGAAAACAACCUUGCCAGGGGGGAUGAGUACGAAAGGGUCGGAGAGUACGAGGACAACGAACAGACUUUGAACCUGGGAAAGAACUAGGCGGAGGACUGGGACGGGAAGCCGGGGGCUGGCUGGGUUGGGCGUCCUAGCUGCGGCUUCAGUGGGAGAUGAGCAGGCUCCUUCCCCACUGCUACUCUGCCAGCAGGAACUGUCCCCGGCCAGCGCCUCUUGUCAAAAAUGGGAAGCUCUAACUUUGUUUACCAA